CCGGCACCGGCAACACCGCGCGCCAGGCCAUCUGAUGCUUGUUUACUGAGCGAGACUCUGCGGUCCUGCUGGUACUUUCUGUUUACUACUACUGUACCAGAUUCCUCAAGCAGAAUACCUCUUUGUGCCUGGAAAACCCAAAUCGUUCGGUCUACGACUUCUAACUGCAACGUUCUAGCAGCACGGCCACAAAUAGACUGGCACUGUCUAUCGGCCAACUGAAGCUCACACCGCAGUGCCCAAACUAGGAACCCAUUCAUGAGGUCUCCGCCAUCGAUGCGCAACAAUGGAUUCCACCCAGUAUGGUUCCGAAAUGAAGGACUCUUUUAAAGAAGUGUCCUGGCAAACCGCCUGGUGGUCUUUAGUACCUCUUGCUAUCGGAACUAUGAUCCAGCCUUGUGGCAAUAUCCUUGGCUACAAAGACAAGAACUUCCGAUUCUACAUUCGCGCAUCGCCACUAAUAUGCAUUGCGGACGUCGUCCACUUUACCAUCAUCAUUCUGCUGGGUUCAAGCCUCAAUCGUCAGAGAUUCAUCAAAAAUAUCAAAUACGAACUCAAUGUGCGGUUCAAUGGCGAUAGCACGGAACACGACAUCCAAAAUGCCGAAAACACAAGGCUGAUGCGAAUCGUUCUUCUUGUGGUUGCCGGGAUUCCCUGCCAGACUAUCAAACUGGUUGCUAUGACGGGAAUUCCGUGGACUAAGACCUGGGCACUAAUGUACUUUAUCUCCAUCUGCUUCGGAGAAUCUCUCAUCAUCCUUGCGCGUUCAAAUAGAUUGAACAGUCCUGUUAUCCUGGCACCUCCGAAUUGGCGAGGUCACGGAGCAAUAAGCACGCUCUCGAGCUUUACAGAGGGAAAUACGCUUGCCAUUCCGGUAGCGAUCUACUACGGCGUGGCGGUGACAACAAUCUUUAGCAUCAUGUGGCAUUACUGCGACCAUAUCACAGAGUCUGUAGCUAUUUGGAGAGGUCCUGUGGUAGCUGCUGUUUUGGGAUUUCUAUUUAUAACUAUUCCGAUUGCUUUAACGUAUUGCCUCUUACUUUACCUUGCUUCGAAGCCGUACAAAGUCUGGACUUUGAAAGUUUUCUUCCUUAUAGGGACAUCUCAAAUUAUAUGUACUACUGCGCUCUUCACUUUUCUGCAGCGGUUUGCAAACUGGAAUGCGCUUAUCACGUAUAAUUUUCCAUUCGCUGGAUAUGCUGGUUAUCUCCAUUCAAAACUCAUUGUUCUUGAUAGGCCUCAAGUUGCUCUGCCUGUUUAUGAGUCUUUGUUUACACUGGGAAAGUAUAUUUUCGGGGGGUUUGUGCAUGUCACGGUUGUAGCUUUGAGCCUUUUAUUAACUUUUAUGAUGCCUGUAUCAAUUCUCGACAAUAAAUUUCUUCUGAGAGUGUUCAAGAUAGACACCUUGGAAGGUGCUCAAGCAGUUGUUGUUUUCAUAACUACAUUUGGUCUCAGUUUGGGAUACUAUUCUGGCCUAUAUCUUGGAGAGGGAACUAGAAAUCCAAGUUGGGUUGGUGUGUUCGGAUAGUCAAAUUAUGAUUAUGAGGAAGGGAGGAUGUUUAAUAUAUACAGUAACGAACUUAACUGUUGAUGAUAAUACUAAAGUAGCUAUACAGUAUCAUGCCCCUGUCUAAAAGCCUAAGAGAAUUCAAAUCUGGAUGGCCAAGAUUGUGAAAACGUAAACUCAUCCCCAUCAGCUAGAUAGGGUUGAAAAAUAUGUAGCGGUUAUGUGCCCGAAGUUCAGUCUCCACGACCCAAGUCAUGUAUCUGUAUCUCCGAGCACAGCGCUUGAUUCCCAAUCGGUCGAGUUCUUGUGUUCUUAUAACGACAACUAAUCUUCAAAGCCUGGACACACAUACAGUAUUGACUCUUCAACUUCUCGUCUUGUAGCAAUUUUGAGCUGUAACAGCUAAGUGAUGAAGAUUACAUAGGUAGAGACAUGCCCAUUAACAUUGAAAACUGAUGGACUGAUGGUGAGUCACGUGCUUAAUCAUCGUUACCAUUCGUAGCAGAGUACGUAGGAUAACAUCAAACGUUAAUGGCGGGCCUUCGUAUAUUGGUGCUAGGAAAUAAC